ACGAACAAAAGAGAGAGAAGAAGAACCACGAGGGAAGUUUCCUGAAGACCCCGGAUCAGAAUAACCCGAGUUAAGGCUUCUAUCUGCAGUUGUCUUGUCUCUGUUUGACUCUUGGGUCGGUAGAAAAUGUCCAGGUUUCAGGAUCUUGAAGAUUUCUUCAGCCGGCGGCUGCUCGCUGCUGUUAACGGAGACCUCUCAGGACGAUCAGCAACAUCUGUGUAUGAAGAGGAGCUCCAACGGCAAAGAAAACUGCUGAGUGUGAUUUUAAUGCCUGAAAUCAAACUGAAGAGAGCAGGUUAGUUCACCUUCUUCUUCUUCUUCAACAUGAGAAACGAACAAGAGAAAACCACCGAAGAUCAAAACCUGUUGACAAAAAGAACAGCAACGUCACUGACCUUUGAAGAUCAAUACUUGUUGACAAACAGAACAACAACGUCACUGACCUUUGAAGAUCAAAACUUGUUGACAAACAGAACAGCAACGUCACUGACCUUUGAAGAUCAAUGCUUGUUGGUAAAAAGAACAGCAACGUCACUUAUCUGUAAUUAUUUCGGUUACAGAAAGGAUGACGUCACCAAACACCUGUUCUGUGUCGGCAGUGCCUUUCAUCUGUUGCCACAGUAACGUCCCAGCACAAUAAAAGCUAAAAAGAUCUCUGAGACAGACAGAAGCCAUUCUACUUAUAUUUACAAAAACAGGAAGCACAGUCCCCUUUCAAAAUAAGUCUCCCAAUAACUGCACAGCUUACCAGUAGGACACAGAGCUUCCCUUAGGUUAUGCCGCCUUGCAUCAAAAAAAGCUUACACCACUUUAGCAAACUAAACUCAUGAAUUCCUUCGACAGCUUCAUAGCUGUGGAAUUGUACUGUGCAUGCAGGUCCUUAAGUGAGUACAGCAGUACCCUCCUUUGCUGCUUGAUUUUAUUUUUUGUUAUUGUCUCCUUUUUGCCUGAUAUUCUCGUCCCUACAGAGAAAGCUGGCCACUUCCUCUCUUCUUUUUUUGUGAAGCUUUCUUUUUGUUUUUCAUUUUAUUCUUCUCGCUGACCCUUUCUUUUUUCUUUUGCCAAUCCAGUUUCCUCUGUAUCUGUUUUGUCUUUUGUUUUGCUGCCUUGAGUUCCCUUUUUACUUUGUGAAGUUCAGACCUUAGCUUUUCCUGCUCCCUCAACACUGAGCUGUAGUACUUCUUUCUUCCCUUCCCCUCCUUAGCAGGUGUAGAAGCAGGCCUCUCUAAAAGUGGCUGCUUAUAGUCAUGAUCGUCAAGAUGAUUUUGCAUGUGUUCAGGAUUUUCAACAAAUUGAUUUUGCUCAUAAAUAAAUAAAUAAAAGGAAUUAGUCUAAAUAACUACAUUGCUCUGACUUUAACCCGAAAUUCUUUAACAGUAUUUCUUUGGUAAAGUGUGUGUGUGUGUAUAUACAACCACCUUUCCUGCCUUUUCGCAAGGUAAAUGGCCCUUGCUGCAGGAUCUGCAUUGACUCUUGCUCUGUGUCAAGCCACUUUGGGUGGAGGGUGGCGGACCCCGCGCAGUGGUAUUUUCGUGUGGCGGAGCCCGGCGUACAGCCAAUUUGGUAUUUUCGUGGACUGAGGCUGACCGAGGUCCGCCAAGCUAGGCAUGGUGGUGCGGCAGGGGGAGGUGUCGACAGAAUCAGCGGGCACAGUGACAUUUUCGUGCUCGCCGGCAGUGUAGAAAGUGCGCUGAAACCUCACAGAUUCAAACCCGGUCAGCUUUCAGCGCAGGCGGAGCGCAGCUGGGCUAGUGGUAUUUUGGUAGAUAAUCAUUAACAACUAAUAUUCUGAGUCAGCACAUUUAGAUCUACAUUGAUAUAUUUUGAUCUGAUGAGCGCGUUUGGACACACAACCUGACCGAAUCAACACAGCUGAAACCGCAUUAAAUUAAAUUAAAUAUCUAGUAAAUAGACACACAUGAUGAAGUUAACUAGAUAUGUAAUUCGUCUCCCUCCUUUUCUUUCUUCCUCUUCCUCUUAUUUCUCGUGCAGCUCGACCUGGACACGUCUCCGUGUCCUCUCUCCGUCCUGCUGCUGCUGCAGCUGAACAGAUGAUUUGUCUCAGUGAUCAGAUGCGUAAUCUACUUUAAGCCGACAUACGGAUUUUAUAAUAUUCAGUUUUGUGAGUCAAAUUUAUUUUAUAUGCCAACAUCUAUGAAAGAAAAAGCCAGGCCACGGAGCGCGAUGUGUCAAUACGCACAGAUGGUUCUGAUUUUAAUGCCGUUUAUGGAAUUUAUGUUGUGAUCUCUGCGCACAACCCACCUUUGUCACGUGAGGUUUGAAUAUAUGCAACUUUAUGUGAGUGUCUUUAUUUGUGGAAAAGGGUGUUUGUCUUACCAGUGGGUCCAAACUUACACACACCAAAUCCAUCUGUGCUCAUAUGAGAGAGUGUGGAGGACACCCUGUGAAGUGACACUUGUUGAGGAGCUGCCUUCUGUCACCAAAUAUCUGUGUCACAUCUUGAACCUGCAUAGAUGCCAAGCUGGUCUUGAUGUGUCUUUCUGUACUUUGGUGUUUCCUGCAGAUGUCCAGCAGCUGUCAGUAAUUAAAGAGGAACCUCUUGCGCUCCAGGAGUGGAGCCCUGAUCUAAACCAAAAGGACACCAAGCACAUGCACAUUAAGGAGGAGGAACUCUGGAGCAGUCAGGAGGGAGAGCAGCUUCAAGGGUUUGAGGAGGCUGAGGCCACCAUGUUCCCAUUCACUGCUGCCAUUGUGAAGAGUGAAGAGGAUGAAGAAAAACCUCAGCCUCCACAGCUUCACCCAAAACCAAUUCAAAAGAUGGAAACAGGAGAUGAUGGAGAAAUCUGUGGAGUUUCAGAACCAGCUGGAAACUCAAAUCCUGUGAGUGAUAACAGGUCAGAAGACUCCUCUGAGACUGAGGAUGAUGAUGAUUGGAAGGAGACCAGAGAGGAUCAGUCAGGAUUAAACUCUGGGAAAUUAAUGAAAAGAAGAGGACAGAAAACUGUCAAGAAAUCUCACAGCUGCUCUGAUUGUGGUCAAAGAUUUUCACAAAAACACCAUCUGACCAGACACAAAAUAGUUCACACAGGAGAGAAACCUUUCAGCUGCUCUGAUUGUAGUAAAAAUUUCAAAUCUCAAGAGGCUCUUAGCAGACACACGUUAGUCCACACAGGAGAGAAACCUUUCAGCUGCUCUGAGUGCAGUAAAAAUUUCAACCGUCAAUGGACUCUGAUCAGACACAUGGUAGUUCACACUGGGGAGAAACCCUUUGGUUGUUCUAAUUGUGGUAAAAGAUUUAAACAAAAAAAAGAUCUGGUCACACACAUGGCAACCCACACAAGAGAGAAACCAUUUAGCUGCUCUGACUGUGGUAAAACAUGUUAUGAUAAAAGGUCUCUGGCCAAACACAUGUUAGUUCAUACAGGGGAGAAACCUUUCAGCUGCUCUGAGUGUUGUAAAAAAUUUUUGUAUAAAAGGUCUUUGGUCAAUCACAUGUUAGUUCAUUCAGGGGAGAAACCUUUCAGCUGCCCUGAGUGUGGUAAGAAAUUCUAUGAUAAAAGGUUUUUGGUCAGUCACAUGUUAGUUCACACAGGAGAGAGACCUUUCAGCUGCUCUGAGUGUGAUAAAAGAUUCACCUCUCAAGGAAAUCUGAUCAGACACAUGUUAAUUCACACAGGAGAGAAACCUUUCAGGUGCUCUGACUGUGGGAAAAGAUUUUCAGACAGACAGAAUAUGAUCAGACACAGAGCCAUUCAUACAGGAGAGAAACCCUUCGGUUGUUCUGAUUGUGGUAAAAGAUUUAAGCAAAAACAAGAUCUGGUCACACACAUGACAACCCAUACAAGGGAGAAACCUUUCAGCUGCUCUGAGUGUGGUAAAAAAUAUUUUGAUAAAAGGUCUCUGGCCAAACACAUGCUAAUUCACACAGGAGAGAAACCCUUCAGCUGCUCUGAGUGCGAUAAAAGAUUUUCACGAAAACAGAAUAUGAUCAGACACAAAGUAGUUCAUUCAGGAGAGAAACCCUUCAGCUGUUCUGAGUGUGAUAAAAGAUUUUACCGCAAAACACAUAUGACUUCACACAUGUUAACUCACAGUAAAGAGAAACCUUUCAGCUGCUCUGAGUGUGGUAAAAAAUUUAGCCAUAAAUAUAACCUGACAGUUCACAUGGUAUGUCACAGGGCAGAAACCUUUCAGCUGCUCUGAGUGCAGUAGAAGAGUUAAUUGUUGAACGUAUCUGACCUCACACAUGUUUGUUAUCAUGAGGGAAAAAGAAAACUGUUUAGCUGCAGCGUCUGAGAACAAAAAUUCUCUCAGUCUCAGGAUUAUUCAAAGACUUCAGCGCUUCAUCAAAACUAAUCAGGGGAGAAGGAGGAUGAAGAAACAGGAGCUGAUGGAAGGAUGGAGAACCUGAACAAGUCAGAAAAUGAGGAUUACAACAAGAGACUGUGGAGGAGACUCUUCCAACCCUGAGUCUGAGGACCGGGAUGAUUGGACCUGGACCAGAGACCACAAACAAAUUCACAAAGAAUGGACUGGGGCUGAGAAUGGCAUCAAGAAUUAUUCAUCAUUUCUGACCGUCCAGAACUGCUGAGAGUAACAUCAGUGGUUGUGCCAGGCUCAUUGUAAGAGACUUCAUGUAAAGAUGCAUCAUUUCCAUGUCUUUUCAGAGGUGGUCUUGUUGGUAUGAUCAUUGAACAGUUGGACCACAGAUAUGUAAAGUUACACUUGAAGGGUUUUUAUCUGGAUUGGAUGUUUGAUGUUGUUUAGGUACCUGAUUAAAGCAUCACUUUAUCCAAUCCUCA